AUGGCGGAACCAUUAGAAUGGAAGUUUAGCCAGGUAUUUGGAAACAAGAGUCCCGCUGAUGAAGUCUCAGAUGUAGAUGUAGUGUCGGCAAUUGAGUUUGAUCAUACAGGUGACUAUAUUGCAGCUGGAGAUAGAGGUGGCAGAGUUGUACUCUUUGAGCGAUCCUAUGAGAAGCAGUCUAGUCAGAGCAGCAGCAAGAAGAAGGACAACAAGCUGCCCGAGUACAGGUUCUACUCUGAGUUCCAGAGUCACGAGCCCGAGUUUGACUACCUCAAGAGUUUGGAGAUCGAAGAGAAGAUCAACAAGAUCAAAUGGUGUCCCAAGCAGAACGACGCACAAUUCCUCCUCACCACCAAUGGUAAAGUUGAUCAAGCACAGAUCAUGUCUGUCAUGCGCAGCACGAUACUUACAUCAUCAUUGUUCCAAUCACUCAUCAUUGUAGACAAGACGAUAAAGCUUUGGAAGGUGUUUGAGAAGAAGAUUAAGCAUGUGGCAACGUCCACACCCACUGGCGUCGCCAAUGGUAUCAACAGCAGCUAUAGUAUAAAUAAACCAGUCAGCAACAGCAGCAGCAACACCAACAGCAGCCUUAUAAAUAGUCAUUUCAAUAGUAAUAACAACAAUAAUAGUAUAUUCAAGAUACCUCGUUUGACAACAAGAGAGACGAUAAUAACAGCACAACCAAAGAGAGUAUAUUCAAAUGCUCAUGCUUAUCAUAUCAACUCUAUCUCGUUGAACUCUGAUGGCGAGACUUAUAUUUCUUCAGACGAUCUGCGCAUCCACUUGUGGAGCCUCAACAAUAACCACGAGUGCUUCAAUGUGGUCGACAUCAAGCCGACCAACAUGGAGGACCUGACAGAGGUCAUCACCAGCGCCGAGUUCCAUCCCACCUCGUGUAAUAUAUUUAUGUACAGUUCAAGCAAGGGAACCAUCAAGCUGGGCGACCUGCGCUCGUCGGCGCUCUGCGACCAGCACAGCAAGAUCUUUGAGGAGUCGGACGACCCGUCCACCAAGUCGUUCUUCUCCGAGAUCAUCUCGUCCAUCUCGGACAUCAAGUUCAGCCGCGACGGCCGCUACAUCCUGUCGCGUGACUACCUCACACUCAAGAUCUGGGACAUCAACAUGGAGAACAAACCGCUAAAGUCGAUUCAGAUACACGAAUACCUGCGACCCAAGCUGUGCGACCUCUACGAGAACGACAGCAUCUUUGACAAGUUUGAGUGCACCAUCAACCACGACGGCACGCAGAUGCUCACUGGCUCCUACAACAACUUCUUCCACAUCUACGACCGCAACUCCAAGCAGGACGUCUGUCUGGAGGCUUCGAAACAGGCGAUCAAGCCCAAGUCCAAGUCGCUGACUGGCAAGAUGAAGUUGCGCAGCUCCAAGAAGGAUUCCAAGAGGCCGGAUGAGCUGAUCAAUCCCGACUCGAUAGACUUUACAAAGAAAGCGCUCCAUGUGGCAUGGCAUCCAAGAGACAACCUAAUUGCGAUCGGUGCCAACAACACCAUGUACCUAUUCUCGGCCACCAACUGA